AUGACCGCCAAUGCCAGCACCUUGAUCGACCACUCGCCGAGCAACCCGAUAAAAGCUCAAGCCCGCGAGAAUGCUUCCAAUUUGAUAUUGAUUGAUAACUACGAUUCUUUCACAUGGAACAUAUAUCAGUAUCUCGUUCUGGAGGGGGCGAGUGUGACAGUAUUCAGAAAUGACGAGAUUACGCUAGAAGACCUUAUUGCAAAGAAUCCGACCCAACUCGUGAUCAGCCCUGGACCUGGCCACCCUGAUUCAGACUCUGGAAUUAGCAAAGAAGCAAUCCGACAUUUUGCUGGGAAAAUACCUAUAUUUGGUAUUUGUAUGGGUCUUCAAUGCAUGAUAUCUGGGUUUGGUGGGAAAGUCGAUGUUACCGGGGAGAUUCUGCACGGAAAGACUUCCGCAUUACAGCAUGACUCGAAGGGCGUUUAUGCCACACUCCCACCAUCCCUACAGGUUACAAGAUACCAUUCAUUGGCAGGGGUAGAGCCAACUGUCCCUGACUCUUUCGAAAUCACUUCGUGGACUGAAUUUGAAAAAGGAGGCGGUCGGAAGAUUAUUAUGGGGGUCAGGCAUAAAGAGUAUACUGUGGAGGGGGUUCAGUUUCACCCGGAGAGCAUUUUAACCGAGCAUGGACGGGCUAUGUUCAGGAGCUUUUUGAACUUCCGUGGCGGCACAUGGAAAGAAAGCAGCAGUCUUGCCUCUCAGCCGCUCGACUGUUCUAUGGCUCCCAAUGGGGAUGUAAAACCGACUAAGAAGGAAUCAAUUUUGCAGAAGAUUUAUGCACAUCGCGAAAUUGCCGUUAACCAACAAAUGGAAAUUCCCUCUCAACGACCAGAAGACCUGCAAGCUGCCUACGACCUUGGAAUAUCUCCUCCCCAAAUUUCAUUUCCUGAUAGGCUCAAGCAGACUCCUUUUUCGUUGUCACUAAUGGCUGAAAUAAAGAGGGCUUCUCCUUCCAAGGGUCUCAUUUCGUUCUCCACAUGUGCCCCUGCUCAAGCGAGAAAGUAUGCCAUGGCUGGAGCAAGUGUUAUAUCUGUCCUUACCGAACCGGAAUGGUUUAAAGGAAGUAUCGAGGAUCUCCGGGCUGUCCGCCAAAGUCUUGAAGGUAUCCCGAAUAGACCCGCCGUUUUGCGAAAAGAUUUCAUUUUCAAUGAAUACCAGAUCUUAGAAGCUCGGCUAGCUGGUGCGGAUACAGUUUUGCUCAUUGUCAAAAUGCUCAACACUAACGUUCUGCAACGGCUUUACAAAUACUCUCAAAAGCUUGGCAUGGAGCCUCUCGUCGAAGUGAAUACUGCUGAAGAAAUGAAGAUCGCAGUUAGUCUGGGUGCCCAGGUGAUUGGUGUAAACAAUCGCGAUUUGACUAGUUUUGAGGUUGACCUGGGUACCACGAGCCGGCUAAUGGAUCUGGUACCUGAUUCAACGAUCGUCUGUGCACUCAGCGGCAUAUCAAGGCCAGGCGAUGUUAAGACCUAUAGUUCUGAGGGCAUUAAGGCUAUCCUUGUUGGUGAAGCGUUAAUGCAAGCUGAAAACACAAACCUUUUUGUGUCUCAACUCUUAGGAGGUGGUGUAGCUCCGGCCGUGCCAAACACUAAAUCCCUAUUAGUCAAAAUAUGUGGGACUCGGACACCAGAGGCCGCACGCACGGCGAUCGAAUCAGGAGCUGAUCUAAUCGGUAUCAUUUUGGUAAAAGGACGUUCGAGAACUGUCUCAGACGAUGUUGCACUGGAGAUAUCCAAAGUGGUCAAAUCAACGCCUCGUCAAACAUUCUCUGCAGGUGAAACGCAGGAACUUAUAGAUGAACCUCCUGUCAGAUACUUUGAUUAUUCGUCACAGUUGCUUCGUCACCCUGAUCGCGCCUUGCUGGUGGGCGUGUUUAUGAAUCAGCCGCUGUCGUAUAUUAUUUCUCAACAACAAAAGCUUGGCCUUGAUGUGGUCCAGCUCCAUGGGUCCGAGCCGAUUGAGUGGGCUAGCCUAAUACCUGUCCCCGUCAUUAAGAAGUUCUCUCCGGCAGAACCUGGACUUUCUCGACCUGGCUACCAUUGUCUUCCCCUAUUGGAUUCUGGCAUAGGAGGUUCGGGUGAGAAGCUAGAUAUGUCAGCUGUACAAGACACCCUUGGAAAAAGUGACAACGUUCGAGUCAUACUUGCAGGUGGUUUUGAUCACUCCAAUAUUGCCGAAACACUCCAACAGCUCGGUCGAUAUGUCGAGAAUGCCGUUGGAGUUGACGUUAGUAGCGGGGUUGAAACCAACGGAUCACAGGAUUUGGAAAAGAUAAAAGCUUUUGUGAAAGCUGCUAAAAGUUUUGGGACUCAAUAUUGA